CUCCGCCCCUUCCCGUUCUUUAGUGCCGGGUCCGCAUGGCUGCAGAGUCGCACUCGGCGGCCCGACCGCGGUCCCGACCUGCCAUGGCCCAGCGGAGGAAAAAGAAGGGGCUUCGGAAGCGCCGGAACGCGGCCUCCCACGCCCGCAGCAGCGACUCGGAGGACGGCGAGUUUGAGGUCCAGGCGGAAGAUGACACCCGCGCGCAGAAGCUGGGACCUGGCAGACCCCUGCCCACCUUCCCCACCUCGGAAUGCACCUCGGACGUGGAGCCGGACACGCGGGAGAUGGUGCGAGCUCAGAACAAGAAGAAGAAGAAGUCGGGAGGCUUCCAGUCCAUGGGCUUGAGCUACCCGGUGUUCAAAGGCAUCAUGAAGAAAGGCUAUAAGGUGCCAACGCCCAUCCAGAGGAAGACCAUCCCCGUGAUCCUGGAUGGCAAAGACAUGGUGGCCAUGGCCCGGACGGGCAGUGGCAAGACAGCCUGCUUCCUUAUCCCCAUGUUCGAGCGGCUCAAGACCCGCAGCGCUCAGACGGGGGCCCGUGCACUCAUUCUCUCGCCCACCCGGGAGCUGGCCCUGCAGACCAUGAAGUUCACCAAGGAGCUGGGCAAGUUCACCGGCCUCAAGACUGCCCUGAUCCUGGGUGGGGACAAAAUGGAAGACCAGUUUUCAGCCCUGCAUGAAAACCCUGACAUAAUCAUUGCCACCCCUGGCCGCCUGAUGCAUGUGGCUGUGGAGAUGAACCUGAAGCUGCAGAGUGUGGAGUACGUGGUAUUUGACGAGGCUGACAGGCUCUUUGAAAUGGGGUUUGCAGAGCAGCUGCAGGAAAUCAUCAGCCGCCUCCCGGGGGGCCACCAGACGCUCCUGUUCUAUGCCACGCUGCCCAAAAUGCUGGUGGAGUUCGCCCGGGCCGGCCUCACGGAGCCCGUGCUCAUUCGGCUGGAUGUGGACGCCAAACUCAACGAGCAGCUCAAGACCUCCUUCUUCCUCGUGCGGGAGGACACCAAGGCCGCCGUGCUCCUCCACCUGCUGCGCAAUGUGGUGCGGCCCCAGGACCAGACGGUGGUGUUUGUGGCCACAAAGCACCACGCGGAAUACCUCAGUGAGCUGCUGACGACCCAGCGGGUGAGCUGCGCCCACAUCUACAGCGCCCACAUCUACAGCGCCCUGGACCAGACGGCCCGCAAGAUCAACCUGGCCAAGUUCACCCACGGCAAGUGCUCCACCCUCAUCGUGACGGACCUGGCGGCCCGGGGCCUGGACAUCCCGCUGCUGGACAACGUCAUCAACUUCAGCUUCCCAGCCAAGGGCAAGCUCUUCCUGCACCGCGUGGGUAAGAAGCCGGCGGGCGCUGAGCCCCGGGGGGAGCUGAGGACACAGGGCGCGACGCCCGCCCUUCAGCGCCUCCGCAGCCCACCUGUGAAAUGGGGGCGUCACCAGCCGCUGCCCCUUGAAGGGGAGAUUGCUCCACCCCUCCUUUAA